UUCUCCAACCAGAGCACCUUGCAUUCCUCAUCAGAUGUCACCCCCACCCCGACUUCCUCCACCAUGUCCUGAUGGUGCUUUGUGACGUGUAAAGCCUUCCUUCCUGCCCAGGGCUACCAUUGGCUGGGUAGUGGAGUGUUGACCAAUCACAGCUCAGUGACGUGAUCGCCUCAUUGUCCUGGAUCACGGGAGGGGUAUAUACAGGGAGGCCAGGCAGCCUGGAGUUAGUCGACCGUUGGGAGACGUUGAGCGGCGGAAGAUGAGUCCAAAGCCGAGAGCCUCCAGACCUCCGGCCACGGCCAAGGAGUCACGAAAGAGCAAGUCCUCCCUCGAGCUGAGCCCCAGUCGCCCGAAGAAGAAGACUACCAAGGUGGCCACGAAGGGGAAAGCAGCCCGUGGAAGGAGAGGCGGGAAGAAAAGGGCCACAAAAAAGAUGGCGGCUGUGAUGGCACCUGAGGCGGGGAGCGGGCCAGUGACACCCGGCCCCAGUGACCAGCCCAGCCAGGAGUUCCUUCAGUACGAGCUGCCACUGGCAGAGCUAGUGAGCGAGGGGACCCAGCACGACCCACUGAGUCAGGAGACCAAGCUGGAGGAACCACUGAGUGAGGAGACCGAGCUGGAGGAACCACUGAUGAGCGAGGGGACCCAGCACGACCCACUGAGUCAGGAGACCAAGCUGGAGGAACCACUGAGUGAGGAGACCGAGCUGGAGGAACCACUGAGUGAGGGGUGGCCAACUACACCCCUAGCUCCCUGAGCAGCCACUAAGUUCAGGCCCAGCCGCCAGACCUCAGAAAUCUCACCAGCAGGGUGCUUAGCUUGGUGAGAACAAUAAAAUGAAUGUGUUGCAAACUGA